AUGUCAGAUAAAAUAUUUUCAUUUGGUGACUUCACGUCAGUGUUCUUCUAAAAUUUUUUCGAAUCAAACAGUCUACCGCAUUAAGAUUAAUUAUUUACAACUCCAAUAUCACAAAACGAUUAAAAUUAGUUAUCGGCCACAACCAAAAAAACAUCCGUUACUUCGAUCAAUCUUAAUAGCUGUCACGUUUUCUUCCCAAUCAAUGCAUCAGCUACCUUGCAGGUGUUUGGAGAUCUUUAGGCGAAGGCUACUUUAAGGUUAAAGCCCCUGAACUCAAGAAACCGCAAUUUUUUUACGGUGUUCUUUUGAAGCGCAGAAAAAUCUUUUGAACACAACAGGUGGUGGGAUUUAAGAGCUGGUGCAAGCGCGUUAUAUAACGAUAGUGAAAAGUUCGGACCAACAGAGUGAGUGCUAACUCAUAUCAAACAGGUGAACCACAACGAUGAAAACAUUGGUGUACUUCGCGGUUAUCGCAGCCUACCUGAUUUCGCUCAGUUAUGCUGAGGAAGAUGUUGAGAAGGCAUUCAGCAGCAACGAAAUCGACAAGGAUGUUAUAAAACCCUUACCCAAACAGAAACUCCAGAUCCACUAUCCAAAAACCAAACAGAUAGUCAACCUUGGCAACGAGCUGACGCCCAAGAACGUAAGGGAAGUCCCAGAAGUCACCUACGAAUCGGAUCCCAAAGCCUUCUACACCCUAUCCAUGUCAGAUCCAGACGCUCCGAGCAGGAAGAACCCAACUCAUAGGGAAUUCCAACAUUGGUUGGUGGUGAAUAUUCCCGGUUCUGAUUUAUCCAAAGGGGAAGUAUUGAACGAGUACGUGGGAUCAGGGCCACCUAAGAACACCGGUCUUCACAGGUAUAUCUUCCUGCUGUUCAAACAGCCUGGUAAGGUCGACUUCAAGGAAACGAAGCACUCCAAGACCGAUGGGAAUAGAGGUAAUUUUUCGGUGAAAAAAUUCGCUGAAAAGUACAAUUUGGGGAAUGCAGUAGCUGGUAACUUUUUCCAAGCCCAGUAUGAUGAUUCAGUUCCAGAAUUACACAAGCAGUUUAAGGGUAGAGCUUAGAUUAAUGUCUAAUGUGUUAUCUUAAUUUAUUUUGAUUGUUGAAGUAGGGCUGUAGUUGGAUGGAGUUUCCAAUUGUUGAGAAGAGCUAUUAAGAUGUUUAGUAUCAUAUAACAAAAUGUUCCAUUUUUGUUCUGAAUAAAUGCAACAUUAUGCCUA